GGGGCAGUUAAGAGAAGUGGUGCCGCACGGUCCAUGGCCGCGGCUCGCGUCCCGCUCUGGGCAAUCUGUGUGCUGCGGGUGGCGCUGGCCACCGUCUACUUCCAGGAGGAAUUUCUAGAUGGAGAGCGCUGGCGGAACCGAUGGGUGCAUUCCACUAAUGACUCCCAAUUUGGGCAUUUUAGACUUUCGUCCGGGAAUUUUUAUGGUCAUAAAGAGAAAGAUAAAGGUCUGCAAACCACUCAAAACAGCCGAUUCUAUGCCAUCUCUGCACGGUUCAAACCAUUUAGCAAUAAGGGGAAGACUCUGAUCGUUCAGUACACAGUGAAACAUGAGCAGAAGAUGGACUGCGGAGGGGGCUACAUUAAGCUGUUCCCUGCAGACAUGGAUCAGAAGAACCUGAAUGGGAAGUCCCAGUACUAUAUUAUGUUUGGACCUGAUAUUUGUGGAUUUGACAUCAAGACAGUUCAUGUUAUUUUACAUUUCAAGAAUCAGUAUCACGCAAACAAGAAAUCAAUCAGGUGUAAGGUUGACAGCUUUACACACCUCUACACUCUGAUUUUAAGACCAGACCUCACUUAUGACGUGAAAAUUGACGGUCAGUCGAUUGAAUCCGGAAGCAUCGAGUAUGACUGGCAGUUAACGUCACUGAAGAAUAUGGAGAAGGCAUCCGCAGAGGCUGAGGGUUGGGACCAGGCUGCCAAGGACAAAUCCCAGGACUGGGAGAAGCAUUUUCUGGAUGCCAGUGCCAGCAAGCCGAGUGACUGGAAGGGCGAACUGGACGGGGACUGGCAGGCAGCCAUGCUCCAGAAGCCUCCAUACCAGGAUGGCCUGAAACCUGAGGGCAUAGACAAAGAUGUUUGGCUCCAUCAGAAGAUGAAAAACAACUAUUUGACCGAAUACGAUCUUUCAGAAUUUGAGAACAUUGGUGCCAUUGGACUGGAGCUUUGGCAGGUGAGAUCCGGAACCAUCUUUGAUAACUUCCUGAUCACAGAUGACGAAGAGUAUGCUGAGAACUUUGGCAAGGCCACCUGGGGUGAAACCAAGGGCCCAGAAAAGGAGAUGGAUGCCAUCCAGGCCAAGGAAGAAGUGAAGAAGGCCCAGGAGGAGGAUGAGGACGACAUGCUGAUGGGCAGGUUUAGUGGGCGAGAAAAUAGCUUCAAAGGAUUCCACAGAAGGAAUGAGUUUUAGUCAUCCCCACCCCAGAUAAAGAUGACUGGUAAAACCUUGUUUCUCUACUUUAUUCUACCUUUAAAAGCGCAAAUGUCCGCAUACGUGGUCAUUUGUCUAGUUUUCUUUGAAAAAUGUUCCUGUUCUCAGUGGGGUGGGUAUGGUUCUCCCGGAGCAGUCUCCCCUCCCCUCCCCUCUCCUCCCCCCAGGUCCCCCUUGUUCCAACCUCCCCCCAUCCUGGUACCCAGAAACAUUUCCUCUAGACAAACCCAAGUGCUGGAGGAAGCCCGAGGCCGGUGAGACUCUGGCCAAAAACACCACACUCUCUUCUUAAUGCCCCCCACCAAAUGUUUUAUAAAAAAAAAAGUAGUAAAACUUA